UGACGAGCACAUUCUCUGCUGUGAAGUAAUAUAGAAAGAAAAUGCCUGAACCCGCCAAGUCUGCGCCCAAGAAGGGCUCCAAGAAAGCCGUGACUAAAACCGCCGGCAAGGGCGGCAAGAAGAAGAGAAAGACCAGGAAGGAGAGCUACGCCAUCUACGUUUACAAGGUGCUGAAGCAGGUGCACCCCGACACCGGCAUCUCCUCCAAGGCCAUGAGCAUCAUGAACUCGUUCGUCAACGACAUCUUCGAGCGCAUCGCCGCUGAGGCCUCCCGCCUGGCUCACUACAACAAGCGCUCCACCAUCACCUCCAGGGAGAUCCAGACCGCCGUGCGCCUCCUGCUGCCCGGUGAGCUGGCCAAGCACGCCGUGUCCGAGGGCACCAAGGCCGUGACCAAGUACACCAGCUCCAAGUAAACUGCAGCUCUACUGCACCCAUCCAACGGCUCUUUUCAGAGCCACCCACCUCUUCUGAAGAGCACAUGUCUACACAAAAUUUUAAAAUAACACAAACUGUUUAGUACUUAAAAGUCAAAAGUAAACAGACAAAAUGAAAUAUUUGUUUUGUUGUAAAAUAAAACAUUACAUCGUCACCAGAAGCAUCUUG